UGGUCACUCACUCCAUUGAGUCUAAUUAAAAAAACACACACGACGAAGGAGGCGCUCUCCUCAACACUUUACUGAGGGAAGUACAUGAAACGUGGACAUUGGAGAACGGUCAGACGUUAACUAGUGAUGAAGGAGCGAUAUUUACCUUAUGUUUCUUUUGAAAGUCAGUUCUUUUAACAAUUUAGUGUCCUUUUCUUGAGAGGUAGAGCUGUCAUGGGAGACGCGCGGCACCCUGCACGCGUCUGGAUUAUUGAUGGAGAACCGCGAAACUUCGCAGUGGAUGAAAAACAUCACGAGCACGCGAGUCCGGAGCGGUAGAACGAUGGAACGCGGACGCGAUACAUUGUAACAAAGAUUCCCAUAAGGGAUAAUCACAGACCAGCCUGUGCCAUGAGGUCUCAGAAGCCCUGCAGCCGGACGUCGGGCACACCUUCCCGUCAACGCCUGCCACGUUUCAGUCUUCACUCCAGGAGAAAGAAGGAAUGCGUAAUCCAGGGAAAGCUGCGUAUCCGUUCCAUGCCAGGCGCCUUUCUGGUUCUUGGGGUGGUGGUUGUCGUUGUUGGCACUGCACUUGCCGUGGCGGGCUACUGGCCAUACAGGGCCCAUCGAUCAUCAGUGGGCACAGUGGAGGAAGGAUCCUCUCGAACCGCAUCAGGAUGGGGAAUAGCGUCCAAAGGACUGCUUUCUGCGGCGAGUCUGGUUCACAGUGAAAGGAUGAAACUUCUAGGACCGGUCAUAAUGGGAGUGGGACUUUUCAUACUUAUUUGUGCCAAUACGGUACUCUACGAGAAUCGGGACAGGGAAACUCAAAUGCUCCUGGCUCAGAUGCGGAGCGUCAUUUGUUCAGUUUCUGCAGCCAUGCCUUCGGCGGACCUCUUGCAAGUGAACUCUCUUGCCAGGCACUACCAAUGGGUCAGCAGUUUACCUGCAGCCCACCUAAACAUCCUCUGCCUGCACGAAAUGUCCAGCUCGGAGCCUCUACUCCAAGUAAAGAGCAUGGAUGAGGAGCACACUGAGGUUCUUCAUCAUCAGGACUCUUCCUCGUCCCCCUCCGACUCUUGCAACAACAGCAAAGAGGAACAAGGGGCCAUCUCUGCACUGGAUCUGCGGCAAGACACUCACGUUGGACUCAGCAACUGUGUGACCACAUCCUCAAUGUCCACACUAGGUGGGGAGGACUGUGAGAUCUUCUCCAUCCCACCCAGACGCUCUUACAGCAUGAGCCACAGGACUAAACCACAUAUAUCACCCAGGGAUCUGGUUCAUCCAGAGUACAACACUAUGUCCUCUAUGGGUCACCAAAGACUGCUUCCAGGACAAUCCAGCUCAGAGGUGUGUGUGAACAUGGUUGGCGUUGGCCUUAUACCGGUGGAAGAGCAGAGGCACCGCAGCUGGCCGCGACUAGACCUCGGGAGUGCCAGGAGGUAUCUCAAGCUGGAGAACAAAGAGGACUCUGUGGACAAGUUACUGGACCAGCUUGAGCAGCAGUGCUUACAGAUGGACAAAAGCUAUGGCUCAGGACCCUUCCAGUGAGCUGCAGUUUAAUCAUUACAUUAAUGGAUUGGCAGCUCCCGUGGUCAUUAGGAGGAAUAUUACGCUUGGAAUAACUCAAAUGGAUAUUAUUUGCACAGUUUCUGGAAUCCCUUGAGGCCAAACUCAUUUCUAAGACCUGGCCAUUUUACUCACUUGACUAGUUUUUGUAACUAGUUUGGAGAUUUGCGAAGUAUGAAAAUGUCAAAUGGACGACCUGCUGCCCUUGACGGUGUGGGAAUAUAAAUAUACGUGCUGAAGGAGGAUGAUUGGAUGGAUCCCAUGGCUUAUGUGUAAAAGGCCAGUUGGUGGGAUCGGUUUGUUACUUGUUACUGGGACACAUAAGCAGCAUUUGAGGUAGAAUAAACUAAGAACUCGGCAGUGAGAUUCAAAGUAAACACAUUUCUAACAUUCGAAUUCAGGUCAGCCUAAAGUAUAACUGUGGAUUUGAUGGAGAGAGCCAAAAAUAGAGAAUGCUGGUUCUUUGAGCAAAUCCAAACUGUGUGCUUACUAUUGAAAUGUCUAUUAUAAUUCAUUUAAAUGGUUGCAACUUGCAAGUUAAGGUAGCGCAACCUCAGUUGCAAUGUCUUUAAAUCUGUGUCUAUGGUUUCCCAGAGUGUCUAUUCUCCUUGUAUGUCACCUUUUUUCCAUCUUUGCCUGAGGGUGCAGCGCCCUCUUGGCUUCAUUAACCAAGGUGAUCAGUGUUUUUUACGGAGGCGUAUUGCAUUCACUUGAAGAAAAAAAAUCUACCCUGUUUUUCUGAAUUAACAAGUUAAUUAUCUCAGAAUUACGAGAUAAUUUUUCAUGGGAAAAAGUUUUUACUCUGUUUUUCUGAAUUAACGAGUUCAUUUUUCAUGAGAAAAAAAAAGUUUUGCUCUGUUUUUCUGAAUUAA